UGAUAGUAUAUAAUUAUAUAUUGCUAUUAUUGCUAUUAUUGCUAUAAUUGUAGAUUAUUGCUAUACUCGCUCGACAAUAUACAUGACUCUGAUUUAGAUAUAAUUACAAUGUUGUAUUUGCUAAUCUGCGUGAUUGGUGGAGCAUUCUUUGUUGAUUAACUAGAUAUUGAUAUAAUUACUAUGUUUUAUUUGCUAAUCUGCGUGAUUGGUGGAACAUUCUUUGUUGAUUGCUGUUGUUUUGCUGUUUAUCGGGUUCAAGGGUUGGAGGUGAACUUAUGGGAGGUGGAUGGGGUUUCUGGUGGUGAGGAUCGGUGGUGUUUUUGAUUGGGUAAGUGAAUGUCAUGGUGAUGGUGGUUUUUGGGUGAGUUUUGAAGUUAAGGAUGGUAGUAUAUUUUACCUGGAACGCCUGGAAACGUAUCAGUAUCAAGUGAGUAAUUCGACAAUGGGAUGACGAAUGAUUUCAUCCGAUUUGUGCAGUAUUUGGAUAUUCAUAAUAGCUGUCAAUUUUUUUUGUUUUUUUAUUUUUGUUUUUCGGAAAGAGUCAAAUGCAGUAGUUUUUCUACUAUUAAAUCUCCAAUUUUAUUGAACUUUCAUUUAAACAUCAUACCAUCAAGCCAUCUACUUGAUUAAUAAUGUAUAAUUCGUAUGUAUGAACUAAAUGAUAUUGGUUAUGACUUUUUUUUCCUUUAUUAUAUGGGGGACAGGGGUUGGCUUGGGUAGAUUAAUUUAUAAAUUCUUAAACGAAUGUCUAAUUGGUAUUGAUUGCUGUUAACACACCAAAUUAUUUCUAUCUAAUUGAUAGAGGAUAUUGUGUGCUUAUUAUAUAUAUUCAACCUCUUAUAUGUUGUAAUUGCGUGCUUAUUAUAUAAUAAAUAAAAUCAUUUUCUAGUUUUCUAUCGCAGACGAUUACCUCAUGUAUGUUAUUGCUCCAUCCGGCCAAAAAUCAGAUUAUGUUGAUCGAUGAUGUAUUUGUUUCUUGUAUUUUAAUGGUUUUUGAUGGGUAAUAUAUUGAUACUAUUGUAUAUUUUUUGGACUAGUUUUUCAAGAUUUCUACAAUGCCCCGACUUAUGCGUUCCUCAAGGAAGAAAAAGCUAAAACAAAUACAACUAGUUAUUUCAAUGGUUAUUAUUAUUAUUUUGAUGAUGUAUUGGAUGUGGCAUAUGAUGUGUGUUGUUACAAUAAAGGGUGUUCAAUUGAAAGAAAGAAAAAGAAACAAAAAGUUGCUACGAAUGUUAGUUUUGAGAGGGCUUUAUAAAGAGAGUGAUGUGAAAUGCAAGAGUGAGCUUCGCGUUAAUAGAAGAACUUUCAAUAUUAUUUGUGAGAUGCUUAGAGACAUUGGUGGUUUGAGUGGAACAAAAAACAUGUCACUUCAAGAGAUCGUAGCCAUGUUUUUAUACACGUUGGCUCACCACAAGAAGAAUAGGUCUAUUGGACAAUAUUUCUUUAGAAGUGGAGAAACCGUGAGCCGACAAUUUCACCUUUGUCUAAGGGCUCUUCUCAAAUUACACGAAGUAUUACUUUACAAUCCCACACCAAUAUUAGAUGAUUGUGAAGAUGAAAGGUGGAAAUUUUUCAAGGUAUUGGUCUUUUUUAAGCCCCUAAGUUUUUCUAGGAUUUUCUUAUUUUUGAUUGUAUGUAAGUAAUAUUUUUUCUUAUUUUUGUAGAAUUGUUUAGGGGCAUUAGAUGGGACUUACAUUAAUGUAAAUGUGCCUUCACAAGAACGACCAAAAUAUAGAACAAGAAAAGGAACAAUUGCUAUGAAUGUAUUGGGUGUUUGUGCACCCAAUUUGCAAUUUAUUUAUGUUCUUCCUGGUUGGGAAGGUUCGGCCCAUGAUAUGCGUGUACUUCGCAAUGCUCUCUCUAGACCAAACGGUUUUAGGGUACCUCGAGGUAAUUAUUAUUUGGUUGAUGCGGGAUAUAUGAAUUGUGAGGGUUUUCUUGCUCCAUAUAGAGGUCAAAGAUACCAUUUAAAAGAAUGGACGGAUCGACAACCCGAAAGUGCCGAGGAGUUCUAUAACAUGAAACAUGCUAGGGCGCGAAAUGUGAUUGAGAGAUGUUUUGGCCUACUUAAAGGAAGAUGGAGUAUUCUUAGAAGUCCUUCAUUUUUCCCUAUAAGAACUCAUGGACGUAUCGUGAUGGCUUGUUGCUUAUUGCAUAAUCUAAUUAGAAAAUUCAUGCCUACGGAUGAUAUAAACGAAGAUGAAUUGAAUGAAUCCAAUGAUGAUUCCGAAAGUGAUUCCGAUGAUGAAAGGGAAUUUAUUACAAGUGUUGCUACUUCGGAUCAUUGGACCAAUUUUAGAAACAAAUUAGCCCAAGAUAUGUUUAAUGAUUGGAGGGCGAGAGGUAGACAUGGUCAAUAGCAAAAAAUGAUGGAGGCUAGCAAUCGAGGAAGAGGUAAAAAUAAAAGGUAUUGGACGUAUGAAGAAGAUGCGGUUCUAAUAAGAUAUUUGCAUGAGUUGAGUUGCGAUCCGAAGUGGAAGUGUGAUAAUGGGUUUAAGAAUGGUUACAUGAAUAAGUUGGAAGAGAUGAUCAAUGGUGUACUUCCUAAUUGUGGCUUGAGAGCAGUUCCCCACAUUGAGUCGAGGAUCAAGCAUUGGUCGGAGAAAUAUAGUGCAUUUGCAGAAAUGCUAUCCACCUCGGGAUUUGGAUGGGAUGCUGAGAAGAAAUUGUUGCAAGUAGACAAGGUCGUGUACGAUGAAUGGGUGAAGACUCAUAAGAAAGCUAAAGGGUUGUUUGGAGUUCCAUUCAUUCACUAUGAAACUCUUGCGGAGAUAUACGCAAAAGACAAAGCUACCGGAGAUGCAAGUGAGUCGUUUGUUGAUGCUAUAGAAGAAAUGGGUCAAGAGAUUGAUAAGCAACCAUUCAAUGUCGAGAGUGAUGAAGAAGAUGAUGUGAAUUCUACUCAUUCGGACACUUAUUCUUCUACAAGUCAAUCCGGAAAACGCCCAAUGAAGAUAGAGGAUGAUCAUAUAACUCCUUCAAAAAUGGCAAAAGUGAAGGCUUCUACAAUUCAUUCUUCCGCAAGUGAUUCUACUACUCAAUCCGGAAAACCCUCUAUAAAGGCGAAGGAGACUAAGGUGAAAGGAAAGAAAGAGGUAAAUUUGAAGAGUUUGUGUAGGAAUGAUGAUGAUGAUUUGGUGGCCUCCCUCCAUGAUUGUUCCAACAAUUUUGGGAAGAUAUUUGAAAAUAUCAAUGUUAAUCUCGGGACUAUGGCUAGUGCAUGGUCUAAAGCGGAAGAAAGGGAGCAAAGAAUGGAUGAAAAGGUGAACAAGGUAUUGGACGAGGUGAUGAAGUUAGAUGGCAUUUCUCCAUCCGAAGCUUUAGAGGUUGCUACUAUUCUCAUGGCGGAAGAACAUAAGCUUCGCAUCUUCUAUCAAGCACCAUUUAAUAUGAAAAAACAAUAUGCAAUUGAUCUUCUUAAGAAGAAGUAGCAACUUGAGCAAUGUCUUUGUUUUUUUGUUGAACAUAUGCAACUUGAGCAAUAUAGGUUAUUUUAUUAUUAGUCAAUGUUUGGAUAAUUAAUGAGUGUCAACUUUGCUAUAUAUAUAUAUAUGCAAUACAGGUUAUUUUAUUUUUUUUUAUCUUUUUUUUACCAUAAAAAAAUGUAGCAUAGACAAUAUUAUAUUAUUCAUUCUUAUUUUUCAUUUCCGUUUGUUAUACCAAACAAGAGGAAAUGGAAUGGUGAUAAUUGUUUCCGUUUCCUUUGAUGUACCAAACAACUAGUAAGGGUAACACUUUUUGUUACCUUUUCCCCUCCUAAUUUAUUUCCAUUCCGUUUCCUAUACUAACUCCAUA